AUGGGAUUUGCUAGCAACAAUUUACGGGCGUCUCGAGAAGAGCGAAUCAUAGUGCCAUUUAUUGCAAGCAUGUUGAUGCUCCAGAAGAACCAGCAGGCAAAUCAAUUGCAGACGUUCUUAGGGUUUUUCUUCCGCGGAAGUGGAUGCAGCAAAAGAGCCGUUAGGAUGCUUUCAUCCGCUUGUUUAAGUGUCUCUUAUGACUCAACAUCUGACACACUUCAGCGCUUGACCAAGGUAGCCUUGGAAAACGUAUGUAAGCAAGUCCUCGAGAAGCCAUGGAUGUUGGUUUACGACAAUAUCAACUUCGCAAACAGGAAGGAGAACCAGCGUAAGGACAACCGUGAUACUUUUGAGAGCGGCACUACGGCAACAAUAAUUAUGGAUGAGCACCUUGGCGACAUUCCCUCAAGGAUAUAUAAUCAAACUCGUCCUCAAAUAUGGGAAUUCCUUCCUGCUAACCAUCACAAAAAAGGUAUGCAUCGAUUUCAUAUCUCUGAUGACUUGCAGCGUUAUUCGGAUGAGUACGCUCAGCAUGCGGUUCAAAUGCGCAAGAUGGACGUUCUCAAGGCAACAAAGUCGAUAGCAAUCCCAUUGCCAACGAUGAAGAUUGACCAGUCCUCGACCGCGGGCAAUAUCGAGGUCAUAGGGACGGUCUUUAUGAGGAUGCUUAAGCUGCAAAAGCCGUGGUUUGAAGGCAGGUCGGUCAUUAUUGGAGGUGACCUGCUAACCGUUGCACGUGUAGUCUCCGCCCAACAGUGGCGUAUAACGGAUGUCACCAGGUUCGAUCGUUUAGAAUGGGCAAUCCCAGUGAUGCAACUCUUUCAUCUUCAGAUGAAUCUUGCGGCCACGAUUUUCAAGACGCAUUAUGGUUCUAGCUCCACAGGAGGUUCCAAGCGAAUGGUACAAAGAAUUAUGGGAAUGAGCUUCUGA